AUGGGUAAUAACUUUUGCAGCUGUAAAAGUGGUGCAGAUACUUAAAAUGAUAUUGUUUACACAGACUCAAGCUAUAAUAUUUGGGAUAAUAACCCAAUCAUAUCAUAAAAUUCUUUGAAUUCUUAAUUUUCAUUUUCUGCAAAUAUUAAUAAUAAAGUUACAGGACUCACUAAAGAAUAAUAUCUACCAUAAUAGAGUCCAAGAAAUGAUUAAUCUACAUCAUAAGGAUUUUAAGACCGAUUAUCACAAUCUUAAAUAAAUAUGAAGUUAGAAUAGAUCUAAGAGAUGGUUAAAAAAUAGCAUUCUAUCAUACAGGAAGAAACUGAAGUGGAGACAAUAGUAGAGCUCCCAAAAGAUUCAUCAAAAGAAGCAAAGCAUGCACAACCAUCAUUUUUUAGUUAAAAAAAGCUAAGUCAAGAAGAUUUUAGUGAAAAAAAUAAUGAGAAAAUAAAUCUUCCUUCAUGUGGCAAUCAAUCAGAAUAUUAGUCUCCUAAAGAAGGGCAAUAAUAAAGUAAAAUAUCUCAAUAAAAUAUUUAAAAUUAAUAGGGCAAUAUAAAUACAUAGGUUACUACUGAUUAAGAUAGAGUUUAAACAAAUCCUUAAUACUCUCUUAAAUACAUAAAAUACGAUAAUAACUAUUACGAUGAAGAUCGAAUAUUUUCUAUGCAAUUCAAUGAUUAAAAAAAUGAAAAUUAAAUAUAAAAUAAAUGA